ACGUGCGUCCGCAGCGCGUCCCCGCCCCGGCCCGGCGCCGUUGGCGGCGGGCGGAAGCACGGGCAGCGGCGAGGAGCGGGAUGGACCCGCCGGCCAAGGAGGGGCCGCUGCUGGUGCAGCACAGCCACAAGUUCGGCACCAAGAAGUGGAAGCGGAGCUGGUUCGUGCUGUACCCGGCCAGCCAACACGGCGUCGCCCGCCUGGAGUUCUUCGAGUGCAAGGAUCCGGUGCCACCGGAGCGGCUGGGGAGCGGGCGGCUGGACAAGACGGUGGUGCGGCUGGCGGACUGCACCAGCGUGGGGCCCGUGCCCGAGAGCGGCCCCCGCGCCGGCACCGCCGUGUUCCGCCUGGAAACCAGCGACAGGAGCUACCUCUUCGCGGCUGACAAGCAGCAGAGCGAGGAGUGGGUGGCGAAGCUGUGCGAGAUCGCCUUCCCGGGGAAUGGCCCCAGCCAUGCUGGCGUGGCGGCCCGGCGCGGCAGAGAGGGCGGCGGGGAGGCCCCAGCCCUGGAGAUGGCCGUGAACUCCAUCUACUACUCGAGAGAUGAAGUGAACAGCUUCUGGGUGACGGUGCAGAGGACCGAGGCUGCGGAGCGAUGCGAGCUGCGCGGUGCCUAUGUGCUCAAGGCCGAGCGUGACAGCCUCGUCCUGAAGGAGCCACGCACAAAUGAGAUCCUCUACGUCUGGCCCUACCGUCUGCUCCGGAGAUACGGGCGGGACAAGGUGAUGUUCUCCUUCGAAGCUGGCAGGCGCUGCAGCUCCGGCCCAGGGAACUUCACCUUCGAGACCAAGCAGGGCAACGAGAUCUUCCGGCUGGUGGAAGCCUGCAUCAGGGAGCAGAAAGCACAGGUGGAGGAGAACCGUCAGAGCUGUGGCUCGCUGGACUCGGACAGCCCCAGCGUGGUGCUCAUCCGACAGGCCCUGGCCGACUCUCUGAGCCUGGAGCUGCCCACGGAGGGAGAUGAUGCCCCAGCCCCCAAGGGAGGACUGGCCCCCAGGCCCAGUGUGGCGGCAGAGGAGAGAGACGCAGCGUCCCUGCUGAAGGCACGGACCCUGCCAGAGCUCCCUGUGGUACAGGCCAAGCCUGCCGUCCCCAGCACCCCCCCCCGUUCCCCGCUGCCGAAGGUGCCCCGUGCCCUGCUGCCGGCCGAGGACCCCUCCGCGGUGUACUCGGAGCCGCUGGACUCGGUGAAGGGCUCCCGCCCGCGCCCGGACCCGCUGUACUCGGACCCCAUCGACAGCAAAGCCGCGGACGAGGGGAAGCAGCGGCCGCUCUGCCCAGGCCUCUACGAGCAGGUGUGGGCUGGGCUCCAUGGGCAGGGCCCCGCGGUGCCCGCACGGGGGGAGCACAUCUACGACGAGCCCGAGGGCCGCGCUCCCCGCGCGCUGCCCCCGCCCGCCUGCAUCUACGACGAGGCGCGGCCCACGGGCGAGGCCUGGCGCACCCAGGGCCACGACGGCCGGGCCGGCUACGAGUACCCCUACAGCCCCAGCACCGACGACUACUCGGUACCGGCCUUCCAGGCCAAGGCCAAGGGUCCCAAGCCGCUGCCUGCCCCCAAGCCCCAGGCAGCCUUUAUCCCUAAAGGCACGGAGAAGAGCGGGGAGGCGGGCAGGCAGCGGGGCAGUGCUGCUUCCGAGAAGGCAGUUGUGAAACCCAGCCUCAACAGCAGCAACAACAACAACGUGGAGGUGCUCUACAGCCAGGUGCUGAAGCCCCAGCACGCGCGCAAGCAGGAGCAGUCUGUGGAUGAGUGCAGCUUGUCGCCCGUCUACGAGGACUUAGGAGUGAUAUAGCAGCUGCUGCACUGUGCUGGACUAGGAGGGACUGGG